AUGUCCAACAUUCUUGCAGUAUUUGGCGCCACUGGGACCCAAGGUGGUUCGGUGAUCAACAACGUCUUGAGCGAUCCAGAACUCUCAAACAAGUACAAGCCUCGCGCCAUUACUCGUGAUGCCAACUCGGCCAAAGCCAAAGCACUCGAGCAGCGACAGGUCGAAGUCGUGACGGGUGAUGCGUCGGACCGUACCUCGGUCGAGAGAGCAUUGGCUGGAGCCAACUUUGUCUUCAUUAUGUCAACGCCUAGCUGGGGUCCUGAUGCCAUGGAGGCUGAAUUCAACACCAUCAAAUCCAUUGCCGACAUUGCAGUCGAAAAAGGCCUGGACUACAUCAUCUUCAGCACCUUGCCAUCCUGCUACGACAUGUCUCACGGCAAGUACACAGCCGUCACGGCAUUCGACGCUAAAGCCAAGGGCGAAAAAUAUAUCAAGACUCUCCCCAUCAAAAGUGCCUUCUUGUGCGCAGGAUUUUUCAUGGAGAACUUUGUGACCCAGCCAUUCUUGGGUCCGAUCCCGAAUGGCGACGGCACCUAUACUCUGGCUCGAAACGCCCCUUCAACCCUUAAACUGCCCUAUGUCGAUGCCACCGAUGACGUGGGGAAGUUCGUCAAUGCUAUUCUAGCUGAGCCCGACAAAUACGCAGGCCAGACAUUCUACGCAGCGGCAGGCUUUUAUAGCUUAGCGGAAAUAGCUACGCUCCUGGGCAAGUCUUCGGGGAAAACGAUAACCUUUAAACAGGUAUCUGACGAUGAGUUCAGGAGCUCUCUCCCGUUCAUGGGCGACCUCUUUGCUCAAGGCUUUGCUUGCCAAGCCGAAUAUGGCUAUUUCGGGCCAGGUGGCGAGGAGAAGGUGGACUGGGCUACCCAGAACAUCCGUGGCAAGCUUACCACCCUUCCAGAAUACCUCGAGAAACACCCUUUCUCGCUUGAAACAUGAUAUUGAUCCCGGUGCGGCGACCACAAAUGUGGGAAAGACGCGCUCAUCCGAAGCAUCUGUGGUCAUUCGAAUUGAAGGAGAA